CUGGGUGGAUCAAGCGUUUCAGUCGGAUCAUAUUCAACGACACACCGUUAUUUUCGUGUAGUUAGCUAGCCUCUAUCGGUACCUGUGAUCUGGACUGUAACGGCAGCUAAUGAAGCUGAAGAAGAAGUUUUAUUUUAAAUGUCGUUUUGUCGCUGAGACGGUGACAUCUGUCGAUGCUAACUAGCUGUUUGGCUAACGCGCCCCGAGCGGCUCAGAAAACGUGACCGAGCGCGAUUUAACUUUAAGUUUCGUUUUUGUUGUUAGCAUGGAUGUUAGCGGGGAAACUGGGAGUAUGACUUUAGGAGGAGAGGAGCACGAAGUCCAGCAUCUAACACCGGAGGAGGAAGAGGAGGAGGUGGAGGAACUGGUCUCUGAGCUGGAGUCUGAGGUGGAGGAGCUGGAGCUGGAGUUAACGAACAUGACCGUGGAAGACCUGCAGCAGAAGGUUCAGGCCGUGCAGACGGACAGCACCACGGAAGAGACAGGCGUCAACACGGAGCCGGACUGGGAGAGUCAGGUGUCGGCCAUGUUUGAGCACAGCACCAGCCUGUCGGAGCAGUACGACAGUCUGAUGAAGAAGCAGGACGAGCAGGAGGUGACCCACCUGAGACACAAACAACUACUGCAGAAGAAGAAGGAGGAGGCCACACGCCAGCACCAGGCUCUUCUGGACAAACUGGAGUCUCUGCGCGUUAAACUGCAGCUGAACAACUCCAAGGCUGCCAGGAAGAACUUCUUAGCCAAAAAACAAGAAAUGACGUCAGAGAAGAGCAGAGCGGAGGAGGAGAGGAACAGGCUGGCCAAGGAGCUGGAGGAGAGCGAGAGGAAGCUGACGGUGCUCACAGAGGAGCAGAGCGAGGAGCAGCGGAGGUGGCAGGAGGAGCUGGAGGAGCUGAGGCAGGAGAUGGAGCGGAUGAGGAGGGAGGUGCAGGAGGCUGAGCUGCUGGCCUUAAAGGAUGAGAACGCUGCUGUGGAAAAGCAGAGGGAUGUCGCCAUGACUCGCAUCGAGGCCUGGCUGAGAGAGGUGGCACAGUACCUGAACCUUCUCAGGGCGGAGUUUCCUCAGCAGUACCCUCAUGAGAGGCUGAAGUGGGAGAAGAAGGAAGGUCUGGUCCGGAGGAACCAGGCCGAGCUCCAGAGCCGCUUCAAAGAGGUGCUGCAGCAGCUCCAGCAGGGUCGAGACUUAGAGUCCCUCCCCAGGAUCAACGCGCCCACUCUGCCGCCGGUCCCUAUGGCUGACCUGAAACUCAGUCAGGUGAUGCAGUCACUGGUUCAGCCACAGUUCGUGCCCCCUCCUGCUCCACAGAGACACCCCUACUAUUACCAGGAACAGUACCAGCCCCCUCACCGCCCUCAGUACCGUCAGCGCUACCCCCAGCCACACCACCAGCCGCCACCCGAACACCACUUCCAGCCUCCCCAUCCGCAGCCUCAGUUCAGGCACCACGUCAGAGCGCCGCUGAGGGUGACUCCCCCUCCCAGCCUCUCCCCGUCUCCUCCUCUUCAACCUGUCUACCCUGCAGUGCCUUCCCCGCCUCCACCCACAGCUGCUGCUGCCACCUCCGCCCCCGCCGGCAAACUGGACAAAGUCCUGGAGAAGCUGGGGACUCGGUUCCCACAAUGCAACAAGGCUCAGCUGACAUCGCUGCUCCAGCAGGUGAAGAGCUCCCGCGGCACCUUAGCUGGCAUGUCCAUGGAGGAGGUCAUCGAGCAGGUCGGCCUCAAGCUGGCAGAGCACCAGAGGUUGGCCCCGGGGCCCAUCGGCCGGCCCAUACCCCCAGGCCCGAUCCAGAGACCGACCCCUCCCCCGCAGAGAGUCAGGCCAGCAGCAGCACCACCGGGUGGAGGUCAGGGUGUCGGUGCCCGUAAACUCUGCCUGAUGUGCCAGAACCCCGUGGAUCCAGAGAGCCGCCACCCACUCAGCUGCUCCCACACUAUCCACAAAGACUGCAUCCGAGUGUGGCUGCAGUCCAGCAGGAACAACUCCUGUCCCUUCUGCCCGGGGAAGUGACGGAGAGACCGGGCGGAGAAACUUCAGCCUCAGCUCCAUUCCAAAUAUUAGUCUAAUGACGUUUGAUCUCCGCUUGUGUUGGAGUGAAGACGCAUUAAGGGACAGUUACAGCUGGCGCCCCCUGCUGGCUAACAUCUGUUCAGUUCAGUUUAUCAUCAGCCCAGUGAAAGCUUGUCAUUACACUACACACUGAACACAACAGCUGCGUGUCUGACAGAUGUACAACCCACAGGAAAGUUCUGUGAAGAAAAGUCAGCCAGUUGUGGAUAAGCAGGUUCACUUACUGUGUGAGUUUUCAUUGGACAACAUCAGAAAUCAUGCUACCAACAUGCUAACGUUAGCACGGUAACAUGCUGCACGGCGCUGGGUGAGCUGCUGCUGAGGGUUGAGUUUGACUUACAGAAACAUGUUGUAUUAUAUGAAGAAAUAAAGACCUGAUGAGAUAAAUGAAAGCUCCGGCU